GUGUAUGUGUGUGUUAUUUAAACUUCAUUUCUCUUUAAGAUUAAACAGUUUAUCCUCCCCCAUUCCUUUCACUUUCGCUUCCCGGAAGAACUCAGUGUGUAAGUGUGAAUGUGUGUGUGUGUGUGUGUGUGUGUGUGUGUGUGUUCCCACCGUCAGUCACUCCACACUGCAGCUGAGGAGGAAAUGCAGAUUUGGGCAGUUUAGACUCGGAGAUGACCAACACGUCCAGUCCAGCUCUGAUCCAGGACUCCAGUGAAGUCCAGCCCCCUGUGUGUCCGGUUGCCCCGCCCACCCUCGGCACCGUCUAUCCAGGAACUUCAGAUGAGCUGUGUAAACUCCCGGGACGACUGCGUAUAAACCCGUCUCUGUGGGAUAAGGAGGAUGUGAAUCUGUGGCUCCGUUGGGCUCAGAGGGAGUUCUCGCUGCGUCGAGCCGAACACGAGAAAUUCGAGAUGAACGGAAAAGCUCUGUGUUUACUGACCAAAGAGGACUUCCGCCUCCGCUGCCCCAGCUCAGGUGAUGUUCUGUACGAGCUCCUGCAGCACGUGAAGCAGCAGAGAUGCAGCGUGACGUCCCCGACACACACACCCCUCUGCCAACACACACACACCUGUGUCAGCCCUGCAGGUCCCUGUACUGCUAACAGAUCAGUCCCCGUCUGUCCAGUAAACCCGAACGCCAGAACUUCAGCUGGUCCGAGUUCAGAUCUCCCUCCAGAACCCAGAGAACCCAGCGGACUCACAGUGAACACACACCCAGCAGAAACUCCAGUCGGUCCUGAAGGAGCCGAAUCUCCAGCUCUCAGCCAGCCGUCGCUCCUCAGCAAUAAAGACGAACCGCUGAACCUGUCCAGCAGAUCUCAGCCAUCCAGGAGAACCACAGAAACCACCCAGGUUGAUGGAAGAAUUCCAGACUGUAAGCUGCUGUGGGAUUAUGUGUAUCACCUGCUGUUGGACCGGCGGUAUGAGCCGUAUAUCCGCUGGGAGGAUCCGGACUCCAUGGUGUUCAGAGUGGUGGAUCCUAACGGACUGGCUCGCCUGUGGGGGAACCAUAAGAACAGAGUGAACAUGACCUACGAGAAGAUGAGCCGAGCGCUACGUCACUAUUACAAACUCAACAUCAUCAAAAAAGAGUCCGGACAGAGACUUCUCUUCAGGUUUCUGAAGACCCCAGAGCAGAUUAUCCAGUCCAGAUGUGACCGUCCAGAACCUCCAGAGUCUCCAGAAAGUCCAGCGUCUCCUACAUUCAGAGAGGACACCCUGGAAGUGUCCCCCUCGUCCACUCCAGAGCCCCACAGUCCUGGAUCUCACCACACUCUCAGUGUGUCCCCUCUGCCCUGAGACCCAAUCUCCAAAACCACAAACCAUAUUUUACCUGAACUUCCAAACCAAUACAUUGCUAAAUAAUUACAAAUAUUUGCAAAACACCAUAUUCUUAAACCGGCCUUUUCUUAAAAUAAACCAUUUUCAAACCACUUAAAUCACAAAACACCUUAAACCCAAUCCAACUUUUCUACUGACAAACUUCUAAUUCUCAAACCAACGUAAUUUGCAGUAAGACUCCACUGGCCCUGAUUUAGUGAUCUAUAGGCGAGUCGUCAACUGUGCAUCAUGUGUCUUCGCUAUCAAAACGUUGGGAAAAGUACACCUUGUGCAGAUCGAAACGAAGCACAAAAAUCAUGUACUAGUGAAUCCAUGUUAGAUUUUAGUAAUAGAAAUAGUAAUAGCAAUAGCAUUAGCAUUAGCGUAUAGUCUAAUGCUAAUGGUUUUAAUCAAGUUCUGGAGAUUAAGGGUUUAAACUAUUUACGUUUGAGUAGUUUGUAGUUUUGUGGUGAAAGUUUAGAGAUGCAGCCCAACUUCUGGAGAUCUUCCAUCCUGUUCACUAUUCUAAAAUCUAAACUUAUUAUAACCCACCUGAUUCACAACGCUGUUCAGUCUCUCUGUUAUGGAGACAAAUCAGGGACCAAAGUAAAAAAAAAACAAAAAAUUAAAGUUUAAGUACUAAGCUUAAACUUUGAAAAAUACAAAAAUAUGUUUAAAAUAAAAAUAAGUGUAUCAAAGGUUUUUUUCAGCUUAUAUAUAAUUUUGAUUCAAUUCGGGAAUUGAGCAAUUCGAUUUUUUUAAUUUUCACUUUCUUGUAUAUUUUGAUGUUUGAGAUCUUAUAUUUUUCAGGUGCAGAUUUUAUGUUUUAUGUGAUUUUAUGUACUGUGCCAAUUCUAUUGUAUAUUAAAUUUUACAUAUAUUAAAAAAAAACAAUAGAAUUGAAACCAUAUCACACAGAAAACUAAAAAUAAGUGUGUAUGACACAGCUAGGUGGCAGCAAACAUUAAAAAGUAAAAAAACAAAACAUUUAAAUUUAAAAAGUAUUACAUUUAAUAUAUUUUAAAAAGCAAUAGAAUCAAUAGAUGCUGUGCCGUAUACACUCGUUUUAUUGUUCUGUGUAAUUCGCUAAUUUAUUAUUUUUAAUAUAUAAAAUGUAAUAGUCAGUAGAAUUGGAUCUGUAUUCAAGUUUUAUAUGGUGUGCAUGUUUGCUGCCACCUAGCUGUGUCACACACACUUAUUUUUACACAUUUUUCUGUGUAAUAUAGUUUAAAUUCUAUCAAUUUUUAAAAGAUCUAAAUUUUAAUAUAAAAUAGAAUUGGCACUGUAUUGUAAAUAUAAAGGAUGUAGCUGUAACAUACACAGUUGCUGGAAUGCAAUUGAAUUUGUGAAUAUAUAAAACAAUAUAUAAUAUGGUUGUAUGCAUUUUAGGUUAAAAAAAAUUGAUCACUAAAAAAAUAAAUUUUGAACCUGUGAACAAACAUAAAACCUGAUUCCAAAAACAUAAAAUCUGCACGUGAAAAAUAUCUCAAAUAUUAAACUACACAAGAAAGUGAUAAUUAAAAAAUUAAAAUAUACAAAAAAAUGUUUAAAACAAUUCCUGAAUUGAAUUAAAAUGAUAUAAGCUGAAAAAAAACUAAACAAAAAUACAUUUGAAUCUUUUUUCACUUUCAGAUCACAGUUGUCAUGUUUCAGACUUUUGGCCUUAAUCUUGCGUGGGGGCGGGGCAUCAUAGAAAAGGAGCGUGGUAUACAGUUAAGGACCUACGCCGGAGGACCCUCUCAAUGUGCCUGAGUAAAAUACACGUCUGUAUGUUUUUGAACCCAAAACUGUGAAAAAAAGUGAUUCCAAAAACAUAAAAUCUGCACCUGAAAAAUAUAAGAUCUUAAAAAAAAGUGUUUAAAACUUUUCCCGAAUUGAAUGAAAAUUCUAUAUAAGCUAAAAAAAAAUUUGAUACACUUAUUUAUAUUUUAGCUUAAUACUUAAACUUUCAGUUUAAUUUUUUUUUUUUCAAAUUGACAAAACUUUUGUCCCUGAUUUGGUUCCAUACUCCAUCACUAAACUGCAGAGUGAAACCGAAACUAAACGUACUAAAUACAGAACAUAAUACAACGUAAUACACAUUAAGCUCGGUUCAGACUCUGGUUUAAAGUCUCAAGUGUAAAAACUCAGAUUUACCUGUACAUUUACCCUGUCACAUGAUUACAUACAUCUCUUUCUGCUUGUCUGCUUUUGUGUUUUCACGUAGAAUUCUAAAACUAAAGCAGUUUUUCCUGUCAAAACUGAAAUCAUUUACACUUUUUCAGUCAUAUUUUGUGAACUUUGCUUGUAGUGGAUUAAUACAUACAAACAAAAUAAAAUUAUUUUAUGAAUUUAA